UUCAUCUAAUAAAUAUUUCAGAUCUCAUCAUUUUUAGACAGCAAAGUUGAUGAAUCAUUGAAAUAUGAAAUACUUUCAAAUGAUAAUUGGAGAUAUCGAUUUCACAGAUUAUUUUCUAUGGAAGAUCAACAUGUGGACUAUGAUAUACAUAUGUAUUUGUUAGAGUUGAAUCUAACUUGUUAUAUGGCGUUUUUUAGAAAAAUGAAGUUACAGAUGUUUUUGCAAUUAACUGAAGAAGAUCUCAUAAAUUUAAAAAUGAAUAUUAGUGUCCAUAGAAAUCGACUUUUAGAAUUUCUAAAUCAAUUUCAUUGUAAACCAUGGGACAAGAUGUCCCUACAUUUAUAUUUAUAUGAUUCUUCUUACACAUUUUAUCAUGGGCUUACAUGUGUGAGUAAAGUUGCUGAUCAAAUAAUGAUUAUGACUUCUACUUUUCAUUAUAUAAAAAAAAAUGUGAAUAAUCAUUUUUUUGAAAAUAUGUUUAUCAAUGAUGCACAAAUAUCUGAAUAUAUAAAUACACUUAAAAGUACUGAAAAGGAACUUGUAAAUAUAAAAAAAAGACUUCUGCAACUAAAAACUCUUGCAAAGAAGAUAAAACGAGAAAAUCCUUUAAAGAUUCCUCCAUCUUACAUCGGUCCAAAAGUAACCAAAAAUUUUUAUUUUAAACCUAUAAUAUUGAGUAUACUAUUAGUAUGUGGAAUGUAUUUAACUAAGGUACAAGUCUAUAAAUAAAAUACUGUCAAUGGGAAAGCAA